GCCGCUGUCUGCCUGCAGGUAGACGACGCGAGUGUGUGACAAUAGAUUCACUUUGAGAAAAAAAAAAACUGUUUCGCCUAUUUUAAAAGACUGCGUCAGAAAAAUAAUUGUGGUGAAGGAACGGAGCCAAUUGUAUGAAGACGCGUGGGGUAUCGGUGUAGUCUGUAAAGAACAGUGUGGAGAAGCUCGCAUUUUGCAAGGAACUUCAAAAAAAUCACAGCCAGCAAACAAAACCCAUCAAGCUAGCUUUCAUUCUUGACACAAAGAAUGAAGGCUUUAAAGAGAGCCAGGGAGGAGCGCGACCUCUCGGUGAUGUCAGACAGCGACGCUUACGAUGAUGACGUCAACGGUGGGUUCCCGCUGGACCUCUCCGGAGGCGCGGGGAAGCGCCGUCGCCGUGGAAACCUCCCGAAGGAGGCCGUGGAGUUGUUGCGGAACUGGCUGUUCGAGCAUCGCUUCAACGCUUAUCCCUCCGAGCAGGAGAAGCUGAGCAUGUCCGGCCAGACCGGCCUCUCGGUGCUGCAGAUCUGUAACUGGUUCAUAAAUGCUCGGAGGAGGCUGCUUCCUGAUCUCCUGCGGAAGGACGGGAAGGAUCCGCUCCGGUUCACCAUCUCCCGACGCGCGGGGAAGGGGGAGGGCCGAAGCCCCGGGUCUCCAGAGCCCGCCUCCUGUCCCGCCCCCCUCCCUCUGCUCCGGCCCACUGUGAUCUGCCCCGCCCCCCCGCUGGACCUCAGCCGGUUAGGCAACACGGCGAACGCCAUCCUGACUGCAGCCGCCAGCCUGGCCCCGCCCCCUCGGGACACCCUGAGCCCAGCCCACAAGGAAGCCCCGCCCCCGGACACACAGAGCCCCACCCACGCCGAUGAAGCCCCCCCCCCCGCGGGGGGUCUUUUCCACGCCCCGCCGCCCGAGCUUCGGCCCCAGGACUUCAGCGCCCUGCGGCUGCUGGUGGAGGCGGCCAUGUUGCGAGCCGCUGAGCUCGACCUGCAGAGGGCCAGUCCGGCAGCCAAACUACAAAAUGGUGGCUCGCUCACGGGACUCGACUCCUCCUCGGCCCCCCGCCUGCACACCGUCUCCACAACAGUCAUCGGCGACACGCGGAGGUCGGAGGUCACAGGCCGGCCCCACUAUGAGCCCGGCGUGUGGGCGGUGCCAUACAGGGAGGCCCCGUCCACCCCCCAGCUGAGCCCCACACCGUGUGUUUGGGCGCCUCCCCACUCUGUGCUCGCGGUGCGAGAGGCUGUGAACUAGCCGGAUUG